CCGGAUAGUGGAUCGGAGAAAUGAGGUGUCCCCAUUAGAUAGGCAAUAGUUUCCCACAGGGAAAACCGCGUCCCCAAAUUUUGCUGGCGGACUUUUGCCGGGGCUGACCCACAUUUUGGGCGUUCCUCUUCUCUCAUCACCAUGGCCUCGCUGGUUCGUCUUCGUGUCUCCCAAAGGAUAUUCAGAGCGCCCUUCGUACGCGCUAUCCAGACUUCGGCCGACACCACGACUCUUCACGAAGAUGCCUCUACCUCAGGACCAUUCAUGGUCAAGCUUCAUGAAGACUCGUUCCAGGCAUUCAACUGCGAGCCUCCUUCACUGGACGUUCAAGUCACCAAGGACGAGCUCAUAACGAUGUACAGGCAAAUGUCGACGAUGCGUCGAAUGGAACAGGCUGCUGGCGCGUUAUACCAGGCAAAACUUAUCCGUGGCUUCUGCCAUUUAGCUAUCGGACAGGAAGCCGUAUCUGUCGGUAUUCACCACGGUCUCACGCCAGACGACUAUGUCAUCACUUCUUAUCGCUGCCACCCCUUUGCAGUCCUUCGUGGUGGAACUAUAAAGGGUGUUAUUGGCGAACUUUUGGGGCGAAAGGUUGGAAUGUCCCACGGUAAAGGUGGCUCGAUGCACAUCUUUACUCCUACGUUCUUUGGUGGAAAUGGUAUUGUCGGUGCCCAAGUCCCCCUCGGAGCCGGUCUUGCAUUUGCUCAAAAAUACUCUGAACACCCUCGUUGCACCUUCGCUCUCUAUGGUGAUGGAGCAGCUAACCAAGGUCAGGUGUUCGAAGCUUUCAACAUGGCCAAACUAUGGGAUCUCCCUUGUGUCUUUGUUUGCGAAAACAACAAGUACGGAAUGGGAACAUCUGCGGAGCGUAGCUCAGCCAACACCGAAUACUUCAAGCGCGGGGAUUACAUUCCCGGUCUCCAGGUUAACGGAAUGGAUAUCGUGGCCGCCAAGCAGGCUGUAGAGUACGCCAGGAAGUGGACUGUUGAAGACAAGAAAGGACCUCUCCUCCUCGAAUUCGUCACCUACCGCUAUGGUGGACACUCGAUGUCUGAUCCCGGUACUACUUACCGCACGCGUGAAGAAGUCCAGCGGAUGCGAAGUACCAAAGAUCCUAUUCACGGUCUCCAGAAGUACAUCGAGGAGUGGGGUCUUGCCACCGAGCAAGAGCUUAAACAAAUCGACAAAGACGCAAAGGCUGAAAUUGAUGCGGCCGUUGAGGAAGCUAAGGCUUCCCCAGAGCCUGAUGCGAAGGAACUUUGGACAUCGAUCUACUACGCCGGCACUGAGCCACCUUUCAUGAGAGGUCGUGAGCGGGAAGAGGUCCACCACUACUAGACACCCCCCGACACUGAUGUCCUUAGCUCACCUAGAUGUUUUCUUACCUUAUUUAUCUUGACGGAUGCGGGCUCCCCUUGUAUCAUGUCAUGUUGUCCGUUAUGUUUACUGCUGGAUCCUUUCUUAAUGCAAUCAUGUUCCAUGAA